AAAAGUAUGCAAUGUAGGAAGGAAACAGUUUGGAAUUAGAGAGGAGUACCUCAACUUUACCAUUACUGGACCAGCAAGGAGCUUCUCUAAGAAACACACACAGAUACACACACUCUCACUAGAUGUGUGCUAUGAUGCACUUCUAGGGAUGCAAAUAUAAAAAGACCACACCCUGCUUCUUAUCUUCGCCACCAUAUUUUCAAAGAAGCACUGCAGACAUGAAGAACGGCAAGAAAUCAUUUAUAGCUUUCAUCAAAGAGAGGAAGAUGGGCUUAAAUGACUUCAUUCAGAAACUGGUCUCCAGCCCGCAUAUCUGCCAACAUUCUCAGGUCGGAUCCUUUCUGAAGAUCGACGAGAACCAGAAUGAAGAACUGGGGAGAGAGCAGUUUUGCCUGACCAACCCCAGAAGCUCUCUAGCAGAGGAAACUCAGAUAAAGCCGUGUGACUUCGAUUACCUGAAGAUCAUUGGCAAGGGUAGUUUUGGAAAGGUUCUGCUGGCCAGACACAAGGAGACUGAGCAGUACUAUGCUGUGAAGGUGCUACAGAAGAAAAUUAUUCUAAAGAAAAAGGAGCAAAAGCAUAUCAUGGCUGAGCGUAGUGUGCUGAUGAAGAACAUCAAACACCCAUUCCUGGUGGGUCUACAUUACUCCUUCCAGACCACCGACAAGCUCUACUUUGUGCUGGACUACGUCAACGGAGGCGAGUUAUUCUACCACCUCCAGCGUGAGAGGGUUUUCCUGGAGCCCAGGGCCAGGUUUUAUGCUGCUGAAAUUGCCAGUGCUCUCGGCUACCUCCACUCGCUCCACAUUGUUUACAGAGACCUCAAGCCAGAGAACAUCCUGCUGGACUCCCAGGGCCACAUUGUGUUGACCGAUUUUGGCCUGUGCAAGGAGGGGCUGGAACCCAAUGGGACAACAACAACUUUCUGUGGAACACCUGAGUAUUUGGCACCAGAGGUCCUGCAGAAACAAGCCUACGACCGCACAGUGGACUGGUGGUGCCUUGGAUCGGUCCUUUAUGAGAUGCUCUAUGGAUUGCCUCCUUUCUACAGUCGCAACACUGCUGAGAUGUACAACAACAUCCUCCACAAGUCUCUGGUGCUGAAACCAAACGUCUCUAACGCUGGACGUGAGCUGCUGGAGGGUCUGCUGCAGAAGGACCGGACCAAGAGGCUGGGAGUGAAGGACGAUUUUCUGGAACUGAAGUACCACACCUUCUUCUCACCCAUCAACUGGGACGACUUGAUGGCCAGAAAGAUCAGCCCUCCUUUCGUCCCCUCAGUGACUGGUCCCACCGACCUUCGGCACUUUGACCCUGAGUUCACCCACCUGCCCGUGUCCACCUCCCUGUUCAACACUGACAACCUGCACGUGACCAGCAGUGUCCGAGAGGCAGCCGGCGCCUUCCCUGGCUUUUCCUAUGGACCUCCAGCUGAUCUUGCCUUCCAGUAGCCAUACUCUCUUCUUCCGUGCUCACACACACCAACAAACGCACACCACACACACUUCCCCAUUCCGGACUACAAGCUGCGAGAGAGAUAUGACGGCUGCUUCUUCAGCGCAAUAAGAGGGACCAUGAAGGAGGAGACUACUGUUUGUUUUUGAUUUGUUUUGUUUUUUGUUAAUAUGUUUGGAUUGUUGGCAUUAUCUGCUGUUUGGAGCACAUGUACUGUAUGAGGAAGGAGGAUUCGUUUGCUGUGGACUUCUGUGAUCAUCCACACGGGUUUUAUGGAUAUCCACAGGACUUACAUCUUCAUAUCUUGGACUUAAACCAGAAGCAGAUGCUGAGCGUGCCAAGUUUGUGUCGGGGACUCCUACAUUCUCUGACUGCUGUACGACUGGACUGAGCUCUAUGACUACGGAUGGAAAGCUAGGAAGUGCCUGAACAUUUAAAGAAUGAAAAUAGUAAUAAUAAUAAUAACUAACGACGAGGCUUUUGGCCACAUGGCCCUGUAAUGAUGGCACCAGCUACUGGGCAAGAUGCCUUUCUGACUUUACCUGGGUAGGGGUGGGAGGGAUGGAGGGGUUUGCAUAUGAUCAAACCUUUUGAGACAUUUCUGACAAACGUUUAAGACUAGACGUCAAAUGAAUGGUACUCUCUCUUACUUUUUUUUUUGCAUUAUUGCACACAGGGGAUAAAAAGGAUCAAGAAAAGUACGGCUUACAUGACUGACGUCUUACAGGCUCUCUAAAUGACAAGCGUCAUCUUUGCUAAUCAGCUGUGUUUCAGCAUUGUGGCGCGCAGCAUGUUUGGACCCACGCAUGUGUUAAUACCUACAAAGCAGAUUUUUCCAAACUGCAUCCACCAACUGCUUUGAGAUAAAUGCUCAAAAUGAAGACGAAUUAAGAUAAUUUAAAAAAAUUGCUGCAUUUUGCUUCCCUUAAUAUAUCAGAUUUCUUCCAUUAUCAGAAUUAGAUGUGGUUGAGGUAGACCGUAGACCAUCACAGUAGAAUAAGUAGAUCUUCUUCUGAACACCCCGAAUGGAGCUUUGUGUCUUACACGUACUUUCUUCUCCUGUCUUUCUCCAAAGCCAGCACUUUUAUACUGUGUUACUGUAUGUGUGAUAGGUCACUUUGCUUGUUCAUAGAAAUAUAUAUUAUCACUUUAUCAUUAAACAGAGAAUGGGCUGUAUAUUUUGUACCAGUAAUACCAUUUACAUAUUAUUAUUAUUAUUAUUAUCGUUUUAGCACGGUUGUCUGAUGCCCCGUACUCAAAACAGUGUGGGUCAUAUACAGCUCUUCUAGGUACCGGCACAAAAAAAAGUACUGUGAAUAUUUUCAUUCGCACUGUGUGCCUGUCCAGCUAAUUUAUGCAUUUCGUCAUCCUUCUGCAUGAGAGUUUGUGUGUGCGUAUGAGGCUGUGUGUGAGAUUUUCCACAUUUCCCUAUUUUACUUGUAUGACUUUCCAUUUGGACAGAGACUACUGUGCAAUGAAACACUGAACAAUAAACUUGAGAUGUAGGCGGUGACUACUUUACAGAUUAGGCAAUACUACAUUAUGGUCGAUAAAGCAUAAAUAUUUUAAAUUAAAUAGACAAUUCCUUUCAUUAGAUAUACCACCAUAGACAGCAAAGGCAUGUGCGUUUUAUGUUUAUCAUCGGACCAAUGCUAGUAUUUACUAUUCACUUUAGAAAGGUAACGCAAUACAGUUCAAGUUUAUUUUCUUCCAUAUUUGGAAGUUUUGACUUUAUUUUAUACUUUUUUCAUGUAUAUUUAUUUACAUGCCAUACUGUACUAUACAGUUGAUCCAUGUAUGAAAUCCCUAGAACUAUGAAAUAUUUAAUUGUUAUCUUUAUAAAAAAUGUUCAAUAAAUUCUUUAACAAACACCCUGGUCUGGGUGAAUAAA